CGCGCACUUUGGCACUUCCGUAAACCAAGCCAGCGGAGCCUCAGCCUGAAGCGCUCGCGCUGUUCGUUAGCAUCAGCAGCUCGUUUAAAGCGGCGGCGCGUGCAGGAGGACCCGCUCUGGUUUAUAGUUUAUAAACGCGCACGCGAUGUUUUUCUGAGUGAAACGAGAUGUUUAUCGCGUGUGGAAAUAUUUGUGUGACUGUCUCACAGGCGGACCGUUAGCUAGCAUCCGCGCUAAUGCAGGAGAGCCUGCGACAAACAACUCAAAUCAUCUGCUGAAAAUGACUUCCGCUCAUCACCGCUGAGGCGUUUACGUCACUCCCCUCACCGCUGAGGCGUUUACGUCACUCCCCUCGCCGCUGAGGCGUUUACGUCACUCCCCUCGCCGCUGAGGCGUUUACGUCACUCCCCUCACCGCUGAGGCGUUUACGUCACUCUCCUCACCGCUGAGGCGUUUACGUCACUCCCCUCACCGCUGAGGCGUUUACGUCACUCUCCUCACCGCUGAGGCGUUUACGUCACUGUCUUCGCCGCUGAGGCGUUUACGUCACUCACAUCACCGCUGAGGCGUUUACGUUACUGUCUUCGCCGCUGAGGCAUUUACGUCACUCUCCUCACCGCUGAGGCGUUUACGUCACUGUCUUCGCCGCUGAGGCGUUUACGUCACUCUCCUCACCGCUGAGGCGUUUACGUCACUCCCCUCACCGCUGAGGCAUUUACGUCACUCCCCUCGCCGCUGAGGCGUUUACGUCACUGUCUUCGCCGCUGAGGCGUUUACGUCACUCUCCUCGCCGCUGAGGCGUUUACGUCACUCCCCUCGCCGCUGAGGCGUUUACGUCACUCCCCUCACCGCUGAGGCGUUUACGUCACUCUCCUCGCCGCUGAGGCGUUUACGUCACUCUCCUCGCCGCUGAGGCGUUUACGUCACUCUCCUCGCCGCUGAGGCGUUUACGUCACUCCCCUCACCGCUGAGGCGUUUACGUCACUCUCCUCACUGCUGAGGCGUUUACGUCACUCUCCUCACCGCUGAGGCAUUUACGUCACUCCCCUCACCGCUGAGGCGUUUACGUCACUCCCCCACCGCUGAGGAGCAGAAGGACAGCGAUGUGAGAUGUGAAAGGAGAGAGAGGCGCGCGCACCCUGUGAGAUUGAUGAGUAACGUUAACGUGAACGCGCAGGGGCGGAGUCCGGACUUCGUGCUCAUGCGCCUGGUUUCUGCAGCGGAGUAUGAUGACCUGGAGCCGGAGCGUGAGGAGGUGCUGUCCUCUCACCAGAGAGCAGAGAAGAGCAGCGGGCUAAUCCCAGCAGGAGGAGGAGAGGAGCCGAAUUACAGCGCGGACACUCCGACCUGCCAGUGGCUCCCUGUGCUCAGGCUCGGGAACAGUGAGGAACCUCCGGAACUUCAGGAAGGACUCUGUCACAGACACCGUAAGGAGCACUCUAUAGGGGACAAACUGGGUCACUUCACCCCCAGUGACUCCCUCAGACCCGGGACCGGGACGUCCACCCUGGACCCUGUCCUGAGUCUGGCUCAGCGGCUGAGUGAGAACGGACUGAGCUCGGACACGACACGAAAGGACAACGGAGACAUCUCGGUGUGCUCCUGUCAGCCCGGAGAGGACCCGAGUGAGACCAGUGACGCCCUGUUGGUGUUGGAGGGUUUGGGUGCAAACCAAGUGGGACACAAGGGGGCGAAACAGCAGACGGGUUUCACUCAGACUCUAAACGACUCGACAUCUCUGACCGGGCUAGUGCGCCAGCUGACCUCUGACCCCUGCUGUCAGGAUGCCACCGGUCCCCCAGCCCCUCCGAGUCGCCCACCCACUCCGAAACACAUGGGCUCGGCCCUGCAGCUCUCGGCCUGCGGCGGCAGCAGCGGGAGCAGAGAGAGGGAGCGAGGGACGUCCAGGAAGGGCUCGCUGAAGGUGUGUCUGAGCAAACUGUUCCGCACUAAAAGCACCGGCAGCACCGACGGAGAUCAUAUGACCAACAAGAGGCUGUCCCUCGCUUCGUCCACUUCAUCCGGAGGCAGUCUCGUCGACGUGUUUGGCUCCGGUGAUCCCGAUGCCCCCAGGUCUCAGAUGGUCAGGCCUCACAGUGGCUCCUACUCUCCUAUUCCCUUCACUGGUGAGACUGUGUCUCUGGUCGAUGUGGACAUUUCUCUAAGGAGUGUAAACUCUCUCCAUCCUCCCACACCUCCUCCUCCACCCAGGAGAAGUCUCAGCCUGCUCGAUGAUUUGGGAGCACCUCAGCCCGGACGGUUACUUUCCUCAGUGCAAUCACUACAGCCUUCACACACACACAUCCACCACAGCCUGAGCCUGAAUGAUACAACUCUCCGCAGUGUUCCGCCAAGGCCACGCCCCCUCCAGAGUGACAGCCAGUCGAGUGGUCCGGUGCAGCGGCGGUCCCUGUUGUGUCCCCUGACCAGCAGCUUUGCCACCAGCCUCCGAGAGCUGGAGAAGUGCGGGUGGUACUGGGGGCCAAUGAACUGGGAGGAUGCGGAGAUGAAGCUGAAGGGGAAGGCAGACGGCUCGUUCCUGGUGCGAGACAGUUCAGACCCACGAUACAUCCUCAGCCUGAGCUUCAGAUCACAGGGGGUCACACACCACACCCGCAUGGAGCACUACAGAGGAACAUUCAGUCUGUGGUGUCACCCAAAGUUUGAGGAUCGUUGUCACUCGGUGGUGGAGUUUAUCGAGCGAGCCAUCAUGCACUCCAAAAAUGGACGAUUCCUGUACUUCCUGCGUUCACGAGUUCCAGGUCUUCCCCCGACUCCGGUGCAGCUCCUGUACCCAGUGUCUCGGUUCAGCAGUGUGAAGUCACUGCAGCAUCUCUGUCGCUUCUGCAUCAGACAACUCGUCCGCAUCGACCACAUAGAGGAGCUCCCACUGCCCAUGCCUUUGAUUGGCUACUUACGGAAAUUCUACUUCUAUGAUCCUGAAGAGGAGAAGAACCUGUCAAUCAGAGACUCAGAGCGGGACUCCAACGCACAGGAGGCGGAGUCUCAGACGUAGCAGGAACAGAAGAUGGAUAGAGUCUUUAUUUUUAUUUGGACACAGAGACCCACUGAAACCCAACCUGACUGAGUUUUGCUUAACAGAUGGACUGCUGAUCGAUUUUUUUUUUCUUUUCCUUUUUUCCCCCUAAUAAACACUGAAAGACCUGAGGUGGUGCGAUUGUCAUGGUGUUUCUUACAAUGAUCCUCCCCCCAGAAGGGAAGGGGAAGUGGAAACCUGCAGCUGAGCCAGGAUCAGAUGUUAAUGUGAAGAUGUUCUGAUGCACUGAUGGUGAUGAGCGAUCACAGAGCGACAUGUGGAACUGUGACUAGUUCAUACGGGACAUGCUUCUGCUCACAUACGAGGUUCUACUCAUACUUGUGUUCUCUUAUGGUCAGUAUAAGGGUAAGCUGUGUGUGUGUGUGUGUACAUAGUAUGUAUGGUGUACAUGGAAUUGUAUGGAGAAGCUCUCUUCUAUCCAAACUACAUGACUGUUCAGGCUUGAGCCACAGGUUCUGCUGUGUGUCAGAGGACCGUGUUCUCCUAAACUCAUCUCAAACACACAGUGUGGAAAUAAACAUGGGGUGGUGAUGAUAAACAA